AUGGCGUACGUUGACGACACCGUUGAGGAGCUCGCUCCGCGCGUCCGCGUCAUCUACUUCCGCGACCUGAACUCUUGGGACAUCCCCCAGGUGCGAGCUCUGCACGAGGAAUGGUUCCCCAUCCGCUACAACCAGGCGUUCUACGACGGCGCUGCUCAAGGCAUGUGGAUGGAGACGGGCGGACCUCUAUUCGCUCGUCUGGCAGUGGAAAUGCGGUCCUCGCCUGAUUUACAGAACCCAGUUCAGCCUAAUCCGGAAGACCGACGAGACGAGAAUAUUCUCGGCGCUGUGACGGCCAGCACGCUGCCACUAAGCAAAGUGGACGACCCAGACUUGAUCUCUCCAGAUGACUGGGAACACACACACAUCAUGUACAUUUUGACACUGGGCACUCGAUCGUCGGUCAGAAGAAUGGGCAUCGCGUCUGAGCUGCUGCAGGAAUGCAUUGCUCAAGCUUGUCGCCAACCGCAGUGCGGAGCAGUCUAUCUUCAUGUGAAGGCAGAUAACGUCAGUGCCAGACAUUUUUACGAGAAGAACGGAUUCCAGAACUUGCGGUAUUUACAAGACUACUACAUGAUUGACGGCGUACGGCAUGAUGCGUUCCUCUAUAUCCGCUAUGUGAAUGGCGCCGCCCCGCAGAGUGGAUGGUUCGAUCUGAUAACAAGACCGCUAUUCGCGUUGUUAUCGAUCGCUUCGUUCGGCUGGAAAAAGCUCAUUGAAGGCUUCAACGUGGAAGAGUUUAAAGACAGCAACACUGAUAAGCUCACCCUGUCCACAGCGUCAGCACCCAUUGAAUCGGCGAGUAUAGUCUUGGUAUGA